UCUAAUCCACUUCAGACUUGGGAGGAUAUGCUGCUGCUGCUUCAGGCUUUUCAGACAGGCUCUCCAAGUCUUGAUAAACCACUGAAAAAACUUUUGGAAACAAAAUAAUGCGCAAUGGAUUGUAAUGAUCAGCAAGCUAGAUGGACGAGUCCUAGGAAAAUUCAUUAUUUGGCGUUGUUAUUUGUCUACUGUUGCAUGUUAGUUUCAGGUAACGCGCAUGCAGUAAUGGACCUCACAUUGAUAAACCCAGACCCAAUUGUUACCAACUCAGAAGCGUCUCUGCUAUGUGUCAACAGCGAGUGGAGCAUUCCUGAUGUGCCAAACAUUGGAAGAGAUUUGGCUCUACCUAACCAGCAGAUGUCACAGCAUGCCAGUCACGAUGACAGUCAUCGCUUUGCAUUAAAGGUUACCUGGCAAGAAAGGAGCAGCGAUAUCUUUGGAGCCUUUUAUUGUGGUGAAAGAAGUAAAGACUCCUCAAAUAAAGUAUAUACAGUUAAGAUGCUAGAUGAAGCUACCUUCUGUCCUGAAUCAUUAACUAUUACAGUCAACAAGGGUGAACUUGUCAACAUUUCUUUUACACGUGUGAAGCAAGUCUCAGAGGACGCUGUCAUCUAUAAAAAUGGCUCCUUUAUUCACUCUGUGCUAAGAGAUGAGGUGCACCCGACACUGGUGUAUUCAUUCUCUUCUGUUCAGCUGCAAGACGCGGGUCUCUACGCUGCCAGAUACAUCGGAGGAACCAUCUUCACCUCGGCUCUCACUAGGCUGAUAGUAAGAAAAUGUGCUGCUGGAAAGUGGGGCCCUGACUGUAAACAGAACUGCCCUAUAUGCCUAAACAGUGGAGUCUGCCACGAUGACACAGGAGAUUGCAUCUGUCCACCCGGCUUCAUGGGACAAACAUGUGAAAUAGCUUGUGGUAAGAACAGAUUUGGAAGAAGCUGUAAAGAAAAGUGCAAUGGUGGGAGCUGUCAGUCUCGCGUGUUCUGUCUACGAGAUCCCUACGGGUGCUCUUGUGCUACAGGCUGGAAGGGAAUAAGAUGCAAUGAAGCUUGCCCGCCCGGGUAUUACGGAGCUGGCUGUAAACUCAAGUGUGAGUGUCGAGACCGUGGUGUUUGCGACCGCUUCCGAGGGUGCCUCUGCAAGGGCUGGCAUGGCCAACGCUGUGAGAAAGAAGGUUCUCAAGAUGUGCCUCCUCAGGUGACAAGUAACCUAAGGGAUGUUGAACUGAAUUAUGGGAUAACUUACAGUCUCAACUGUUCUGCAACAGGCUAUCCUCCUUUGCUCCAUGGAGAGAUUAUGCUGCUGAAACCUGACAAAACAACUGUUGAACCAACAAAUACUCAAACCUUGAGCAGCCAGUCUACUGCCUUAUUCAAAGUGGAGAAGAUCCAACUCCGCGAUUCAGGAACCUGGUCCUGCCAGGUGAACACUGCUUCUGGAUAUACAGAAAAAUCUUUUAAUGUGGAUGUGAAAGUUUCUCCAACGCCACUGUAUGCCCCAACUUUGAACAGCAGUGGGCCUUAUCACCUGGUAAUUUCCAUCAACAAGGAGCCCUAUAAUGGUGAUGGACCUAUAACAUCUGUAAAGCUUCUGUACAAAUCAGCCAGGGCAUCGCAGUCAUGGUCAUCCAUUGAAGUGAAUGGGCCACUAGUGAAGCUCGAGAAACUGAACCCAAUGACAGUGUAUAAUAUAUGUGUCCAGCUGAGUCGCCAAGGAGACGGAGGUCAAGGGCAUCCAGGUCCUGAGGCCAGCUGUUCUACUGCCAUGCUAGAUCUUCCUCCGCCAUCAGGGGUGAAACUGAUUCCAAUCAGCCAGACAUCCCUGAGCCUUAUGUGGGAGCCUGUGGCCGGAUCUCCAGAGGAGGAGCGCAUUUACCAGGUGGAAUGCAGUCCGGUAAAUGAUAGAUCUGAGAAGAAUAUAUUCCUAGAGGUGCUAAGGAACUUCUCCAGCGUAGAUAUCAAGGAUCUGGAACCCAAGCAGAUGUACCAGUGUAAGGUCCGUGUGACAUGCAAGUCUGUAGGCCAGUGGAGCAAUCCUGUGUCUGCUUGGACUUUCAGCGAUGAGCUCCCACCCCCUCCUUUCAACAUCCAGAAAAGUAACAUCACAGAUUCCUCAGCCAUCAUUUCCUGGUCCCUUGAGGAGGGAAACUCUAUCUCCUCUGUCAUUAUCCGCUAUAAGAACAGUGAUGCCGAGGACUAUAGCCAGCAGACUGAGAUUAAUGUCCGGGAGCAUGCCGUCACGCAGUUUCAGUUGAGAGGUCUGAAGUCUGACACUCACUACAUGGUCGAGAUCUGGGCAAAGAACAACAUUGGAGUAAGCCAGGGAAACCCCAGACUGGAAAUAAAGACGAGAAAACAGCAGGAUAACCACAUGUCGUCGUAUAAUUUCCAAAGUGAAGGCAACAUGCUGCUCAUUGCUAUCCUGGGGUCUGCAGGAAUGACCUGCUUCACCAUUCUGAUAGCCUUCUUCAUAGUGCUGCAGCUCAAGAGAGCCACCUUCCAGCGCAGGAUGGUACAGGCUUUCCAAAAUGGAGUGAGGGAAGAGCCGGUGGUUCAGUUCAAUUCAGGGAUGCUCACGGUCGCCAAGAAAUCCAAGUCCCAGCCGGAGCCUGUUGUCUACCCUGCCCUCCAGUGGAAUGACAUUAAAUUCCAGGAUGUGAUUGGUGAGGGGAAUUUCGGGCAGGUCUUAAAGGCCCGCAUUAAAAAGGACGGGCUCAGAAUGGAUGCAGCUAUCAAAAGAAUGAAAGAAUAUGCCUCUAAAGAUGACCACAAAGACUUUGCUGGUGAGCUGGAAGUUCUUUGUAAACUUGGAAAUCACCCCAACAUCAUUAAUUUACUGGGAGCAUGUGAACACAGAGGGUAUUUGUAUGUUGCGAUUGAAUACGCACUGCAUGGAAACUUACUGGAUUUCCUGCGGAAGAGCAGAGUGUUGGAGACAGACCCUGCGUUUGCCAUUGCAAACAGCACUGCGUCCACCCUGACCUCUCAGCAGCUCUUGCAGUUUGCAGUGGACGUGGCACGGGGCAUGGACUAUCUCAGCCAGAAACAGUUUAUCCACAGAGAUUUAGCUGCCAGAAAUAUCUUGGUGGGAGAAAACUUUGUUGCAAAGAUAGCAGACUUUGGAUUAUCAAGAGGCCAAGAAGUGUAUGUGAAGAAGACAAUGGGGAGGCUUCCAGUUCGUUGGAUGGCAAUUGAGUCCCUUAAUUACAGUGUCUAUACAAGUAACAGUGAUGUAUGGUCAUACGGUGUACUGCUGUGGGAGAUUGUAAGCUUAGGUGGCACGCCCUACUGUGGAAUGACCUGUGCUGAACUCUAUGAGAAGCUUCCACAGAGAUACAGGCUGGAGAAGCCGCUCAACUGUGAAGAUGAGGUGUAUGACCUGAUGAGACAGUGCUGGCGUGAGAAACCUUACGAAAGACCAUCAUUUGCACAUAUCCUGGUAUCACUAAACAAAAUGCUCGAAGAAAGAAAGACAUACGUCAACACAACUCUGUAUGAGAAGUUCACUUAUGCAGGCAUUGACUGUUUGGCAGAAGAAGCAGGUUAAAUAAAAAGAAUGGAUGAAGCCAAUGCUACCACUUGUCCUUAACUGCAUCAUAUUGUACAAGCAAUUUACUUUAGAAGAGCAUGAAUGAAUCGUUUGCAGAAAUAUGCUACCGGUAUUCAUUAUUGCUUUGGACAGUAUAGAGAUUAUCCUAUUUCCCUUCCACACUUUGCACAAUAUGUCCUGAUGAGGGACCCCCUUUCUCCCACAAGUUCUCCCAUAAGCCAUUUAUUUUAGGGGUAAUCACAGUAUAGCAAGGAAUAGGUGAUUUGUGCAAUCCAGGGUGAUUUCCCAGUGCUGGAAAAUGGUCUAACAAUCUAGCUGUGGCUUAUCCCUCCUGGCAUAGGUUGAUCAAAUCAACUGUGUCUAAAUGUAAAAUGAAAAAAUAACCUAUAUAGCUAAAAGGAGGAAAAGAUCAUAUCUGAUGUAUAGAGAUGGAUUAACUAAACAUUUGCUUUAGUGCAAGGUUUGCCCCAGUUUUUCCUAAAUGUUAAAUAAACAACUCUGGGGUACAUUCGUCAAAACAAAGACAAUAAUACUAAAUUCAUACAUAAGGGGAGUUUCAUAUACUUUUGAAAAAAUACAUGUGGUAUUCCUUUUCUAAAACAAAUGUACAUAAAUACAAACGUGUUACUUUUUGUGUGUUUUUUUCAUCUUUAUACGGCACCUGCAUGUGUUGCAUCAUUUUAAUUUCCAUGGAUCAUAAUGUAUUGCCAUUUUAUCACCUGAAAUUCAUUUUACAUCUCCUGUUUAGGAAUUUCUUUGUAAUUGUAAGUUCAUGUUGCCAUUAGAACAGGCACUGCUAAAGUCUUUUGUGAUAUACUGUAAAAACUGUUCAUAAAAAGGUUGUUUUAAAGAUGAUUCUAUAAAUCAGUGCCGUGUGAUUUAAUAAACUGACUGGUGAUGCCUCACAACAAAGUAAAUGCAUUCAUA